AGAAGCAGCUGUUCCAGCCCAGCUCGUUCUCCAUCACAAACCCUAGCAAUACUUCCAGAGAGCAGAGAUACAUAGACGUAUACGGGAACACAGCAAAUAGCUUCCCCAGUCAAACCUCGAACUUUUGGACAUACCGCCGCCGGGAAACAUCAUGCAGCAACAUUCGGCGUUGCUGCUUUUAAUAGCGGCUGCUUUGGCUUUGGCUUUAGAGGUGCCCACCGAUGGAUCUGUGGGUCUUCUAGCCGAGCCCCAAGUGGCCAUGUUCUGUGGGAAGCUCAACGUGCACAUCAACGUACAGACUGGCAAGUGGGAGUCAGACCCCAGUGGGACCAAGAGCUGCAUCGGCACCAAGGAGGGCAUCCUGCAGUACUGCCAGGAGGUGUAUCCAGAGCUGCAAAUCACCAACGUGGUGGAGGCUAACCAGCCGGUGACCAUCCAGAGCUGGUGCAAGAAGGGGCGCAAGCAGUGCCGCAGCCACCCUCACAUCGUGGUGCCCUACCGCUGCCUGGUGGGAGAGUUUGUGAGUGAUGCCCUGCUGGUUCCUGACAAGUGCAAAUUCCUCCAUCAGGAGCGUAUGGACAUGUGUGAGAGCCACCUGCACUGGCACACCGUCGCCAAGGAGUCCUGUGGUGACCGCUCAAUGAAUCUCCAUGACUACGGCAUGCUUCUGCCCUGUGGGAUUGACCGCUUCCGUGGCGUGGAGUUCGUGUGCUGCCCCUCCGACGCCAACCAACUGGACUCCACCGAGCUGGAGGAGGACGACUCGGACGUGUGGUGGGGCGGUGCCGAUGCAGACUACACCGACGGCAGUGAGCCCCGGGAGGUGGAGCUAGAAGACACUGAGGAGGCAGAGCCAGCACUGGAUGAGGAUGAUGAGGAUGAUGAUGAUGAGGGAGAGGAAGAGCCCGAGGGAGAGCCCAGCGAGCACACCACCAGCAUCGCCAUGACAACCACCACCACCACCACCACAACCGAGUCUGUAGAGGAGGUUGUCAGAGAGGUGUGCUCCGAAGAGGCAGUGACUGGGCCGUGCCGUGCCAUGUUCCCUCGCUGGUACUUCGACCUGGCCAGCGGUCAGUGUGUCCAGUUCAUCUACGGUGGCUGUGGCGGCAACCGCAACAACUUUGAGACACAGGAGUACUGUCUGUCAGUGUGCGGCACCGUGCUGCCAACUACAGCCGCCAGCACCCCCGAUGCAGUGGACAAGUAUCUGGAGACUCCUGGUGAUGAGAACGAACACGCUCACUUCCAGAAGGCCAAGGAGAGCCUGGAGGCCAAGCACCGCGAGAGGAUGUCACAGGUGAUGAGAGAAUGGGAGGAGGCAGAGAGACAGGCCAAGAACAUGCCGCGGGUUGACAAGAAGGCUGUCAUCCAGCACUUCCAGGAGAAGGUAGAGUCUCUAGAGCAGGAGGCAGCGGGCGAGCGGCAGCAGCUGGUUGAGACUCACAUGGCGCGCGUGGAGGCCAUGCUGAACGACCGCAGGCGCAUCGCCCUCGAGAACUACCUCACUGCGCUGCAGGCUGAUCCCCCAAAGCCCCGUCAUGUUUUCAACCUGCUGAAGAAGUAUGUGCGUGCCGAGCAGAAAGACCGACAGCACACGCUCAAGCACUUUGAGCAUGUCCACAUGGUUGAUCCCAAGAAGGCUGCCCAGAUCCGACCCCAGGUUUUGACUCACCUGCGGGUGAUCGAGGAGCGAAUGAAUCAGAGUCUAGGACUGCUCUACAAGGUACCUGGAAUUGCAGAAGAGAUCCAGGAUCAAGUGGACGAGCUGGUGCAGAAGGAGCAGGAUGAGGUGGAGGAGCAGCUGUCAGCCCUGCAGAGUGAGCCUCGGGUCAGCUACGGGAAUGACGCCCUCAUGCCAUCGCUAACGGAGAGCCGUACUGCCCCCAUCGACAUGCUGCCCUCCGAGGAAGGAGGCAUAGGCUCGGACGGGUUGGGAUACAUACACCCUAUCGGCUUCGUGCCCGCCAACACCGAGAACGAAGUGGAGCCUGUGGAUGCUCGUCCUGCUCCUGACAGAGGACUCACCACCCGGCCAGGCUCCGGCCUCACUGGCAUCAAGAUGGAUGAGAUCCCUGAAGUGAGGAUGGAGGCAGAGGUCCGACUCAGCUCUGGAUAUGAGGUGCACCACCAGAAACUGGUUUUCUUUGCAGAAGAUGUGGGCUCGAAUAAAGGAGCUAUCAUUGGGCUGAUGGUGGGAGGUGUUGUCAUAGCAACGGUCAUUGUCAUCACCUUGGUGAUGCUGAGGAAGAAACAGUACACCUCCAUCCAUCAUGGUGUUGUCGAGGUGGACGCAGCAGUGACCCCUGAGGAACGCCACCUCUCCAAGAUGCAGCAGAACGGUUACGAGAACCCCACCUACAAGUUCUUUGAGCAGAUGCAGAACUAGGGCCCCUUUCCUCACCUCCCCACACCCUCCUCUUUCCCCCAACACCACUCCUACCCCCACCCUCCAAAAACACAAUGCAGGAAAACGUAGUUACUUCCCUAAACCUUUAAAUAAUUGUUCCUUCUUUACCUAACCCUUAAAUGGCCUCAACCUACAUUCUUAAAGCCACACAACCCUAACUACAGUUUGUCCAAUAAAUAAGCCAUUUUAAAACCCUAAUGAAGUAACCAAACACAAACUAGUAUUUAAUAAGUGUAACAGCAUUUAAAAUGUAGUUCAAUACAGUACGUACUAACAUUUUCCCACAUUUAAUAUCCCACUGCUUGGCUACACAACUAGUUCAACGUUGCACACAUGCAUUAAAUGCCUGUUUCUGUUACACACUGCUGAGUGCAUGCUCACUAACAUAGCUAUUGAAGGCUUAUUACAGGACACCUAAAGUUCAUCCCUAAUCAUCUUUUCUAAUGUCCAUACACUCCACUUGUAUUCCAUGCCGAGCAGAACAUACAUUUCUAUUCCCUUAGUAUUUGCAUUCAGUUAUUUUAAAGGAAGAAAAACUAAAUGUAACCCUUUCUUUCCCUCUCUCUUUCGGGUGGCAGCUGUGCUGUGUGUUAGACGCUUAGGUGACAGAGGGUUCCUCAUGAAAUGUACUUUUCAACUAGCUUUUUGUUGUUUUUUUCUCUCCAAAAAGAAAAAAAGCGACACUGAAAUUGAAUGUUUUUUAUUUCUGUGUAAUGUAUAAAUAAGAUAGCUGUAACUAAUUAGUGCAUGACGAUAAUUACGAAAGAGAAAUCCUAAAAAAAAAAUGUGUUCUGCUAUUUUAAGAUGUAGAGACUGUGUGUUAGCAGGAUUGUAAAGUUAGUAUCUUGUGAUCACGUGAUUUUAAACAAAAUGAGAAACAUGCUUUAAGAUAAAAAUCAAUUCAGUUCUGUAUCCAGGCUUUGCCUUCCGUGCCUGCUUGUGGCUCUCUUCCUCCUGGUGUCGGAGGCAAUUUUAUUUUUAAAUUUUCACAUUUUUUUUUUUAUUUUGGCUUACUAUGCAUUGUGAGAAACUACCAUAGAAGUUCCUUGCAAUUUUUUUUUUUUUCUUUUUAAGAUUUAUUUUAAAAUUGUAUUUUUUUUUUUUUUUUGUGCAGUUGCUUUCAUGUAAAGGUGCUUGCUGCUGCUUCUGUGUUUAUGAUAUUAAAAAGUACAGGAAAAGAAAAAAAAA